UUGUAGAUUUUUCAAUUGAAGUGGAAUUUUUUAAUCCGUAUCUUGUUUUCAAAAUUGAGUGUAGAAUGUUGAAAAGUGAAUGUAAAUUGUAAUGAUUUUCAAGUUAUAAAUAUGGAAAAUUUACUUUUAACGCCUGAUGAACAGAGAUUGGUCUUAAAGUUAAAAAAUAUCAUACAGCGUAGAUAUAAUGUAAGCAUCCAUAUACCUGAUUAUGUAUCUCCUUGUGACCACGAUGUUGUGGUUGCAACGGUGUAUGGAGGGAAAAUUGAUCUUGUAAAGAAUUUUAUACAGAAAAGACUGGACCAAAUGAAACAAAGACGUGAGCAGAGAAUUACAGUUGAGAACAAUGUUACCACUAUAACUCUUUCUGAUAGUGAUUCUAGUCUUUCACCUAAUCCCAUGGAAAUGCAACCAAAACGUAAAAAAAGGCAAAAGAGAAGACCUAAGAAAAAAUCUGCUGCAAGUAAGGAAUCGGGUGACUCUGUGGUUUUGUCUUCAACAAUACUCUUAGAGGAUAGUGGGGAAUCGGCAGAUGAUGAUAAUGUACAGAAUCAGUCAAAAGAUGAAUCAUCACCUCUAACUGAUUAUAUACCUAUCAUUAGUGAAAAGGAAAAUACUGUGAACUUUAAUGAAAUUGAUGGCAAAAACAACUCAUCAACUAAAACAAAACCUGAAUCGCCAAAUCCCUCACCUGGUUAUAUUUCUGUGGAAAAUGCACAAUUAAAUGGAAACUUCAAUGAGCAUAAUCCGGUAGAUGACACCAUUGAAUUGAGUGAUUCACCACUGUCACCUGAUUUUAUUUCCUUACAUUCUGAAGAAAAGGAAGAAAACAUUCCAAAUGGAAUAGAUGACUGUGAUAUUAUUAUAGAAGAUGAAAUUCCAAGACCCAUUGUUAGUGGACCUAAGUCUUUAAGGCCUGUUGUAAUUGAUGGCAGUAAUGUUGCUCGAGAGCAUGGACGAGUCACCAAUACAUUUUCUUGCAAAGGUAUUAAAAUUGCUAUUGAUUAUUUUCUGCAAAGAGGACAUACACAAGUGACAGCCUUUGUUCCUCACUACCGCCGACAUAAUAGGUUUGGACCAAUUCUGACUACUGAUCAGCCAUUACUUGAAGAAUUAUCCAAAGCACAACAUGUUGUUUUCACACCAUCAAGGAGAAUAAAUAAUAAGAGAGUCACAUGCUAUGAUGAUCGGUUUAUUGUUGAAUUGGCAGCUAAAACUGGUGGUGUCAUAUUAUCCAAUGACAAUUAUAGAGAUCUGGUGGAUGAGAAUGAAGAAUUUAAGAGAACUAUCAAUGAAAGAUUAUUAAUGUUUUGCUUUGUUGGAGAUAUAAUUAUGAUACCUCAGGAUCCAUUAGGAAGGAAUGGCCCAUCCCUUGAAAAUUUUCUUUCAUUCCCUGCCUGAUAACUAUGUGCAAUUUUUUUGAAUUUUUGUUCUGAGUUUUUGAUACUUUUUUGAAAAGAAAAAAAAAGUUUGUAUAUAAUUUAUAAUUUAAAACUUCACCCUGUCAUUGUACAUACAGUCAUCAAAACUGUGUGGAAAUAAAAUUAAAAUGAGUUUAUAAUUGUUUUCUUUUACAAUUCAGUUGCUUUGUUGUUUGUCAAUGAACAUUUUUAUUAUAUAUAAUACAGAAGUACAAGACUUACUUCUUGCUAGGAAACCAUUAAUUCUUAGAAAUUUAUACAGACCUGAAUUAACAUAGCAAAUUAUUUUGAAGGAUACUAUUUCUAUUAGUAAAAUCAAACUUGAUUGUACACAAACAUUAUGGAAUGUAUCAUUCUAUCCAAUUGUCCUCUUAUAAUCUGAAGGAAUUGGAAAAUAACUGACAUAAAUAUGUCAGUUAUUAAAUUUUUUUGAAUUUCAGAAUUUGUGGAGAAUUCAAGUUAGUGUUUAAUAUUUUGUGUAAUAAUGGUUAUAAAAAAAGCAGCAAUAAAGCUUAUAUUUAAAAUAAAAUGUGCUCACUUUUUACAGCUUUCUUUCCUCUCCUUCCCCCCUUUUUUUAGAGAAAAAUAAAUUUGAAUUUGACUGUAUAUUCCGAGCAGAAGAAUAAAAAGAAUAGCAUUUUUCUGUAAACCAAAUCGCAGGUAAAAAAAUUCGGAAGUUUUAGUGAAACUUUAUUAGUAAAGAAUGUUGUUAUUAAAAUGGAAUAAUGUUAACAUAUUAGUUUUAUCAUAAUUGGGGAUUCCACUAAUGAACUAGUGAAGAAACAUUUUCCUUGAUCAUUUUGAAAAUUUAGAUUAAGCUAUUUGUACAUGACUUAUAUAGAAAAAUUGUAUG